UUUUUCUCCCUCUUUAUAACUUCCCUUUCUUCUUCCCAAUUCUCUCUCUGUAAAUUUCUCUAGAUUUCUCCAUUCAUGGAUUCCACCGCCAUUAAUCGAUCAUGCUUUACCGAUGAAGACGACGACGAACCAGGAUUCUCCGGCAUUUCAAGGUCAAUCUACUACAAUAACACUCUAAACAGACGCAAUAACCUAUCAUCAAACUCAUCAUCUAGAUUCAACAGAUUCUAUAACGAAACAAAUCAGAUUCAUCCUCAUUUCCUAGACGCUUGUUUCCUCUGUCAAAAAUCUCUCCGCGGAAACAUCGAUAUCUACAUGUACAGAGGUGAUGUACCGUUCUGUAGCGAUGAUUGUAGACAAGAACAGAUCGAUUUAGAUGAAGCUAAAGAGAAGAAGAUCUGGAAUCCUUCUUCUUCUUCGUCGUCGAUGAAAUCGUUGAGGAAAGGACAGAGGAAAUCGACUUCACCGAAUAGAGAUCAAGGUGAUUAUCCUUUCUGCACUGGUGCUGUAGCUGCUUAAUAAUGAUAAUGAUGAUGAUGAUGGAAAUCUACUAUUGUUAGAUAAUUAGAAAUCAGUGUUGUUACUAUAACAAAUUGAAGAAUUGGAAAUUGGAAAUCUUCAAACAAGUAUACUUGUAAUAGAUUAUAUAUAUAAUGCAUAUUUGGCCAUGUAUAUUAGGUCUAUUAUGCUGUUUUGUAUGAUUUUGGAGUUUGAAUUUGAAUUUGUAUUUUU